AUGUCAUCAUCAUCCACCCCUAAGGAAGAGGAGGAGGAUGAGGCUCUCUUUAUAGUAGUACAGCGUAUAUCGGGUGGGAGGCUACUAGUGAAUGAGGAUGAUGAUAAAUGGGUACAUCUUGUUAACGAGCCCGGCCUAGUGAAUUAUGUUGCAUUUGGCAGGAGGAAGGGGAAUAAGUCAUCAUCAUCAGAGGAGGAAGCGGGAUCAUCACCAAGUACUGCUUCCCCUAUUACGAAGGAUAGGAUGGUAAAGGCAGCCAAAAGCCUAUUGACCUGUAAGCUAGCUACAGCAUCAGGAUGGAGCGCUGAUCACAGCGAUGCUGAAAGCCUUAUCACACUAUCAAAGGUCACUCAAAGGGCUAGUCUAGUGACCAUACCUCAGGCUAGUCUAGUAGGGAAGUGUAUUCCUGGUGAUAAGUAUAUGAAAUAUCAUCAUCAAGUAGAUAAAGACAGGAGUGAAGACUUAUAUCACCAAUGGGUUGAUGUACUACAUGAAGAAGCACUCAAGUUAAUAAACCCGAUGAAAUAUGAUGAUAAGAAAAAGAAAGGAAUGGAGAAAUACCGUCGUCGGGCUGAGGGGAAAUUAGUUAACCCAAAGGAUAUGUUCAAAGAGGGUGAAUACGAGGGGAGAUAUGGUAAGUAUGAUGAGGAAGGCUUCCCUCUACUACUAGCAGACGGCUCUGAUAUACCCAAAAGCCAAGUGAAGAAGCUUACUAAGAUGUACAAUGCCCAGAAGAGGAAGUGGGAUGUAGCAGAUAAGGCGGGUAAGAUUAAUAACGAGAACGGGAAUAAUAAUAAUAAUACAGAUGAGGAUAUUACUCAGAGUAAUGCAUCAAUAGAGGCGGGUAGAGCAGAAUUGGUAGAGCACCAAGCACCAAGAGUAGUAGAGAACGAGGUUAUUAUAGAUGAAGGGGACCUAGGGCGGCUUCAUAUGGCUAAUGGAACGUUUAGUGGACGUCAAGGAUGGGAGAUGAUCAGUACCGGACCAUUCACUCAUCAACUCGUGUUCUAG